CGUUAGCUGGAGUGAGCAAGCUGUUUUUUUCCCUUGCUUUUUAAUAAAAGUAGUGUAAGUUAGUUUAUUACAUACCUUCCCGUUUUCCCCUACGCGAAUCAUUAAGCAGCAGUGAUGGACUCUAUGCUUUUGCACGGAGAGGCUGAAGGUUAUGUGCAGGGUUUGGAAAGACUAGCACUGCGUGACAUUGGGAGUCCCAGGUGGUUUCGGCAACAUGAAUACAUUGAGAAACUCAAUAUGCAAGCUAUUCUUCAUGCCAGUGCUAAUCAAGAGGAGUUUAUCAAAGACAUUUUUGUGUCACUUGGAAAGAUUCCCACACUGAUUCAUGAAAUGAUACUUGUUGAAAUCUGGAAGCACAAAGUGUUUCCUAUCCUUUGCAAGCUUCAGGACUUCAGCCCAAAGAGCACCUUCCCACUGUACAUGGUGAUUCAUCAUGAAGCUACACUGAUAAAUCUUUUGGAGACAAUCUUAUACCAUAAAGAAUCAUGUGAGGCAGCAGAAGAUGCUGUUGUGGACCUUGUGGAUUAUUGCCAUCGUAAACUAACUCUGCUGGCAGGGCGCUGUGCCCGGGGAGAAAUGCCCACUGAAGACAGAACCUUACACACAGACGUCUCAAACAUAAACUCUGUACAGGAGCUGCAAAAUCAGAGUUCAGUGUUAGAAUUUGAGCUCUCUCUCAAGGCUCUCUCUGUGCUACGCUACAUCACGGAUUAUGUGGAGAGUUUGAGUUUGAGCAUUCUCACAAGGAUGCUGAAUGUUCAUAACCUGCCUUGUGUGCUAGUUCAGCUUGUAGAGCAUUGUCCCUGGAGUCGUAAAUCUGGAGGUAAGCUGCAGAAGUACGAGAGUGGGAAAUGGAGAGAGAUCCCUGCAGAGGACCAGCUAAAAAUGACAAAAUUAGAAGCGCAGGUGUGGAUUGCUUUGCUGAAUCUACUACUUAAACCAGACUGCCAGAGAAAAUAUGAUUUUAACAACUUCAACAAAAACCAGCUCUUAAAGCUUCGUGGAUUUCUGACAGAGGUUCUCAUUGAUCAACUGCCAAAUCUUGUAGAUCUUCAGCGUUUCCUCAGCCACUUAGCUGUUACAGACCCUGCUUCUCCAAAAAAAGACCUGAUACUCGAGCAGCUACCAGAGAUCUGGAAUGAGAUUGUUGCAGAGAACUCUGGGAAAUGGAAGGCCAUAGCUAAACACCAAGUUAAGAAAGUCUUCAACCCAACUGAUAGUGAGCUGAGAGAACAAGCGAACAGGCUGGCAGAGACUUACAGUCUUGAUGUGAUGGAGUAUCUUAUCCCAGAUAAGCCAAAGUGUGGUGCAUGUGGAGCGGUGGGGGCAAAACGUUGCUCCCGUUGCCAGGGAGAGUGGUACUGCAACAGAGAAUGCCAGGUGAAGCAUUGGCCCAAGCACAAACUCACAUGCCAAAUGAUUGCAGAAGCCACAAAAAAUCUACAGAAAGAGCUGAACAUCAAGACCUGAGGGACUCCACCACUUACUGAUAAGAAAAAGGGACUUAAUUUGCACUCUGACAGAGAUCUGAGGAACAAAUCAGUAUAAACGCCAUCAUCUGAAUGACUGACAUGUUAGGUUGCUGUAGUGCUAUAAACAAGCAUUUCUGAUUUUUUUCCCUCAUAUUUGUCACACUUAAAUGAUUUUAGAUCAACAAACAAAUGUAACCCAUGUAAAUACAAAAUGCAUUUUUUAAAUGAUGAUUUAAAAACCUGCCUGUCCCUAUGUAAAAAAAGUAAUUGCCACUAAACCUAAAAAUUAGCUGAGUUAAAGCUAAUAAGCUGAGUCGGUGGCAACAACUCUAAUAAAGUGUUUGUGAUAACUGGCAGCAAGUCUUUCAGAUCACUGUGGAGGGUAAAUUUUGGUCAAAUCUUUUGUGCAGAAUUGUUUUAGUUUAACCACAUUUUCAAGCAUGAAUGGCCUGUUUAGACCAGAAGGGGAAGCUACAGCAUCUUAAUCGGAUUUAAGUCCAGACUGACGUAGUGUUCUAACACUUACGUACACUGAGAAAAUGCUUUAUAUACAGUAUGCUGCAAAGUUUCAAACAACUGAACAAGACUUUAACAUGUUUAUAACUAUAUACAUAUAUAUUGUAUGUUUUAUUUACACAAAAUGGAUCAGCUUUCCUAACCUACAGUGUAAUGGUUUAA